AUGACUUCUGAUUCUGAAAGACCCGAAUCUCCGUCAUUUAACGAUAGGCGCCCUAGUAAUGACGAGUGCACUCGCCCUAAUGAUAUUGCCGGUCCGCACUAUAGAUCCACUUGUACUCUUCAAUCCCUCGAGCGGUUGAAAGAGCUUUGCCGGAUUCCGCCGGAAAUUAUGGCGGAAGCACAAAUAGCUGCCCCCACAGAAUCUCCAGAGAACCAUCGCGAUGGUUACUUCUGUGUGUACGAGAUUUAUUUCAAGGGUUGCGGAUUAACCUUCCCGCUUCCCGAAGCCCUGGUUCGGUACUUGGCGGUUCUCGAGAUCGCUCUUCCUCAAUUAACUCCCAAUCUUCUCCGAACCAUACUCGGAAUUAUAACAGUAGCGGCGGAAGCCGGAUACAUUAUAGGGGUCCCCGAGCUGAAUGAGCUUCUAAGCAUGAGAAGUUCAUCGAAGAAGACAGGGUAUUUCUCGGCAUACCCUAAUGCUAACAGGAAUGUCAUUUCACAUCUUCCAAACAAAGAUGAAAAUUGGCAUCACCCUUGGUUCCUGAUUAAGAAAACCCCUGCUUCGAUUGGAAGUCUAUCAGAUUUACUCCCAUCGAAGUGGUCCGCAAAACCUGCUUUCGUCGCUCCGACCUUACCAACUGAAGAAUUCAUUGGCUUCUUCAAAAUAAUCCUCGAAGGGGAAAACCUUUGGAACUCUUUCACUCUCGAACGGUUCAUAGAAGCCAAUCGAAAACUCAGGAUGAGCCCUCCCAAUCAACUUCAUCGUCUUCCGCCUCCUCCCUCAACCCAGGGAAUGUCAGCUCGGGCUCUCACUGCCCAGCGAAAAAUGAUUUCCAAGCCGAAGGCUGAGGCUUGUGACGAGAACAAGGCAUUCCUUGCGACCGCCAUUGACAAAAAAGAUUAUAGCAAAACCUUAUUGGUUGACGACGGUAGCACCAAAGGAGCCAGAUCCGUCGCCGUUUUCAGAUUGACACCUCGACGUGAACGUCACGAUGACCGUCCUCCCCGGAGGCUCCAAUCUCCUAACCGUGACUCUCAUCGUUCUUCCCGAGAUGACUUUAGCAACGAACCGCUUAAGGAUUUAAUUCGCAAAAAGAGGGACAGGUCAUCCCGCAGCGGUUCUUCUCCGCGAAGAGAGAAGUCAAGGGCCCGGACUGACCGUUCUCCUCGAUCGUCCCCUCCUACUGAACUAAUGGGUCUUCCUCGUCCUGUUGAUAUGUCUUCUUCUUCUCAACGUAGUGGUGAGAAGACGAACCUGGGUGCAGCUUCUCAGAAGGAUAGUUCUGAGUCUCGAGAUGAUUCUCCGAAAACAAAGCCUGCUCUUGUUCCUCAUAUCAAAUUGCUCUCAGACCUUUCCUCUUUUGCUUUCAUAGCCAUGGAGAAAGAGGGUAACGUUUUUCGGUGCUUCAAAACCCGAUCAGGUGCGAUCUUGCCGGAAUUCAACAAGUGGCGCUCUACAAUUCGUGAACGAUACCAAGCGAACGGCGAGCUCAAUGACAUAAUUGAACAUUACGAAGGGUUGGUCAUUGGUCGGGAGAAGGAGAUCGACACGUGGAAGGGCAAGUUUUCUAAUCUCGAGGCUGACCUCCGUUCUUCUACCGACUCCAAGCAUGACUUGGAGGACAAGGUUGAUGGUCUAUCAUCCGAGCUUGCGAAGAUAAAGGGGGAGCUGCAGGACCAGUCCGACCGGAAUUACAAGCUCCAGGAUGAACUUUUUGGUGUUCAGGGUAGACUUCAUGAGUCUGAAUCAUCCGCCGAUACCCUGAACAACCAACUUACCGAGCUUCACGCGAAGUAUCAGGCGAUCGCCAAGUUGCAUGAUUCCGAGUUGGCGAGGUCGGCAUCGAAAGCCAGAAAGGAGGUUAAGGGACGUGGGAUGGAGUUAAUCCAAGGGGCCAUCCGCUUCAUGCAGACCGAGAAAGCUAGGUCAGAUUUGGAAUCAGACAUCAAGGAGCACGAGAGCAACCUGAUCUUGUGGGAUCAAAUCCAUGAUACAGAUUUCUCCGAGGAGCAAGAGAGGACCGAACUGUCGGCUAAUUUUUCUGAAAAGCGGAGUCGCUUGGCAGCUCUUCCUACUUCGACCUUCAACCCGCAGGACUUCGAGGAAUUCUUCACUGAAUCGCCUCCUAUUAGU